AUGUUCCUCCUCGACUAUCUCCACCACCGCCGCGACUGCCGCACCAAACAAACCGAGCGCGGGCGCCUCGCCGCCUCCCUCUCCGCCUACCACGGCCCACUGACCCCGGCCGACAAGGCCAUCCUCACCCAGCCCAUCGAAUCGCUCGUGGCCUCCGUCCACGCCGGCGGCUCCCUCACCGCCCUCGCCGUCCUGCGCUCCUACGGCCGACUGGCGCUGAAGGCUCACGCGCGCACGAAUUGUCUGACCGAGAUCCUGCUGCCCGAUGCGGAGAGGUGGGUGGUGGCGGCGGAGGCGGGGGGUGGUGUUGGUGUUGAGGGGGAGGGGGCGGUGAAUCUGGCGGGGCCGUUGGCGGGCGUGCCGGUCAGCUUGAAGGAUACGGUCGUGGUGGGCGGCUAUGAUGCGACCGUGGGGUACUCGGGGUUCGCGGGUAGGAGGGCGGCGCGGGAUGGGCCGAUGGUGAGGAUGUUGAAGGAUGCGGGCGCCGUGCCGUAUGUGAAGACGAAUUUGCCGAUUUCGCUGUUGAGUUUUGAGAGCGCGAAUGAGUUGUGGGGGCGCUGUCGCAAUCCGCAUAAUGCGGAUUAUUCGCCGGGGGGGAGUACUGGGGGGGGAGUCGGCGCUGCUGGCGAUGGGGGGAAAGGAUUGGGGAUUGGGAGUGAUGUGGCGGGGAGUGUGAGGGUGCCGGCGCAUUUUGCGGGGUGUUAUUCGAUUCGCUGCUCGACGGGGCGGUGGCCGAAGGCGGGGAUCGCGACGAGCAUGCCCGGCCAGGAGGGCGUGCCGAGCGUGUAUAGCCCGAUGGCGAGGACGUUGGGGGAUCUGACAUACUUUACGCGCGCGGUGCUGGGAGAGAUGGAACCGUGGAGGUACGACUAUACGGUGCAUCCGCUGCCGUGGAGGGGGGAGGUGGAGAGGGAGUUUGCGACCGCCGCGCGGAAGCUGAGGGUGGGUGUGUUGAGGACGGAUGGCGUGGUCGACCCGAGCCCUGCGUGUGCGAGGGCGCUGAGCAUGGCUGAAGAGGCGCUGAGGAGUCAAGGGUGUGAGAUUGUCGAAGUGGAGGGGACCCCGGAUAUGUAUGAGGGGCUGAGGCUUGCGUCGAUGCUGUUGAAUGCCGACGGAUGCCAGAUGUUUGAGUCGUUCCGGCGGCCUGGAGAGUGGCUCGAUGCCGGGGCUACACAAAUGAGGAGGCUGGCUGGGCUGUGGUCGCCAUUCAGGCAUUGGCGGGCGCAGUCGGCCUUCGAAAACUGGAAGCUGGUCAGCCAGCGAGAGGCGUACCGGGCGAGUUGGUUUGAGUGGUGGGACGAGCAGGGACUGGAUGUGAUCAUCUCGCCGCCGAAUGCCACGCCUGCGGUACCGCAUGACGGGAUGCGGGAUGCUGUGAGCAGCUGUGGAUACACAUUCUUGUUCAACCUGCUCGACUACUCGGCCGGUGUCCUUCCCAUCACGCACGUGCACAAGGGGCUGGACCAGCUACCCACCUCUUUCAGCACGAAGAACCUGAACCGAGUGGCGCGAGGCGCUUACAAACACUACGAUGCCGAGCGCAUGCACGGGUUGCCUGUGGGUGUGCAAGUAAUAGGGCGGCGGCUGGAAGAGGAGAAAGUCCUCGCGAUCAUGAAAAGGGUGGAGGACGGGCUUGGGAACGAGAAAUACCAGCUAAUGGAUCUGGAUGAGCUCGAUUAA